CGGUGGUGCUGCGACUGCGGGGCGGCACGGUGGACAGAGCCAUCACGGUUGGCCGCGCCGUGGACACGGUGCUGAUGGACGGCGUGUCCAUCACGAACGGCGUGGCUGUGUGUUCGACGUGCCGGCGAUGCUUCCCGGCGCGCUGCGCAUCGAACUGAGGAACUGCGUGUGCGACGGCGGUGCGCAGAUUUACGUGCGGGGCGACAGCGGUGAGCCGGCGAGUGACCGGAGCCUGGAGGUGAGUGUGAGCGGGCUGUCCGGGAGCUACUGCUCGCUCGUGUUUGUGCACAACCUGCCGGCACACACGAACGUGAAGGUCCAUGACUCGACGAUUGUGACGGCGGGGCCGAUGCGCUACUCCCAGCUGAGCGGGCUGAUGGACGCGGUGGCGUCGCCGUUUGUGCUGCAGGCGACGUCGCUUUUGCAGACGCAGCUGCGUGUGAGCAACACUGUGCUGAGGUCGUUGCAGGCGGGCGGGUCGGCGGUGUACGUUGGCGGCGGUGUGGACCUGCUGUCGAGCGCGGUGGUGCUUGACGGCGUGUUGCUGGAGGCGUCGGGUGGUCUGGCCGCGUCCGCGAUGCAUGUGGCGUCCUCGUCGCGUCUCAGUCUGCGGAGCCACUCGGUGUUCUCUGUGACGAACGUGUCGGUUGUGAGUAGCGGCGGUGGCAUUGUGCUUGGAGAGCGCCUCGCGGUGGUUGAUUCGGUGCUGCGCUUCGUGGGCGUCGAGGGGUCUGUUGCGUCGUCGCUGGUGCGCUGCGACGGUGGGACUGUCGGUGGCGGCGGGUGGCUGGACCUGCACGACGUGUGGGCGGUGGGCGAGGCGUCGUCUGUGGCGUCGCUGUCAGGGGUGACGCUGGGCGGCGGUGCCGUGUCGAUUGCGCGCUGCGCUGCCACCGGCGCGACGCUUGUCUCCGGGCUGGCAAUCACGAGCGGCGUCGUGUCGGUGCAGUGCAACCGUGCCGGCGGCCGGGUGCUGCGGAGCAGCGGCGACUAUCGCAUGGCCGGCCUGCCCUCCGUGAGUGUGGUGCCGUGCGACGGCUGUGCGGCUGCGCUGGCGUGCUUCGAUGCACUGACGGCGUCGUUCUCCGACUGCGCGUGCAGCUGCCGCGCCGGCGGUGUGGGCGAGGCGUGCCUGCCGUUCGACGUGCCGCCUGCGAGGGCCGGUGGCGGUGCGCCGGGCUGCGUGAGUGGCGUGACGCUGACGGAGUCGGUGACGGUUGGUGACGGGCGUGCGACGGCGUGCCUUGACUCGGUGGUGCUCAGCGGGCCGAUCACUGUGGCGGUGGACCUGCGCUCGAUGAACGUGUUCGCUGACGCGCUGAACGUGACGCUGCGCCACUGCGUGCUUGCGGGCGGCGCGCAGCUGCGGAUUGGCGGCCUCAGCGAGAGCACGGCGCGCCUGAUGCCCCACGCCCUCGUCAACAUGACGAAUGUGACGUCGCUGGAGGGCACGAUCGUGCUGCGUGGCGCGAUGCCGCUGCACUCGAGUGUGCUGCUGGCGAACUCAACGCUGCGCGCGACGGUUGGCGGGUCGCAGUACUUGCCGACGACCCGUGGCCACGAGAGAUUUCGGUACGGCCCCGCGCUUGUCCUGGACGGCGUCCGGCUUCUGUCGACACGUUUUGUCAUGACGCGGUCUACGCUGUUUUGUUACGGGGGCUCGUGCGCUACGAUCCUCGUGGAGCGCGGCCUUUGCGCAAACCUGUCCAGUGUCUUCUACAUGGACAACUGCGCUGUCGUGUCGCGGGCGCACGUAAUGUACGCUCUUGCGUCGUACCUGCGUGUCAGCGGCGACUCCGUGUUCUCCAUACAGAACGGCUCGUGGAGUGCGCCGAGCAUCGAAUACUACGAAAGUGCGUGUGUGUUUGAGGACGUUGUGGUGGAUGGCGGCAGCGUGCUGCAGAUUGUGUCCAGCACUUUCCGUCUCGGCUUCGCCAUGCUCAUGGCAAACACGCUGACCGUGACAGGCGGCAGUUGGCUGGUGCACCGCGACAACGGGUUCUGCACCACCUACGUUGUGUACGUGGCCAAGGAGAACGGCGUGGCGUUCCGCGAUCAGAGUGUUUGGUCGAUAAUUGACAACAACUUCACUUACGGCUCGUUCUUGUCCUUUGCAUGUAUGACAAACAAGUGGUCGCCACCAUCCGACUCGAGUCCGACCAUCUACGGCAUGUGCAACGAGAUAAGGGGCUCUCCUGUGACGAAUUACGGAGAAGAGCUCAAUAUUGGUUCGCCCGUGACGGUGUUGGACUGCGGCGCUUGCACCGUGGACGCCGUGUGCUUUGCAGCGAGGACGAGCAGCGUCAGCGGCUGUGGGUGCGUGUGCGCUGCUGGCGGCCACGGUGACACGUGUCUGCCGGCUGCGGUUCCGGACGGCCUUGGACCGCUUCCGCUCCCCGAUGCGGACGACACGGAGGUUCGCUGCGUGCACGGUGGCAGCAUCAGCUCCGUGGAAGUCCCGGCUCCCGGUGUGCGUGGUCUGUGCUUUGUCAACGUGACCUUCACCGCCGCGAUCGUGCUGGACCUGUGGAGCUUUGACGCGCCAGAGCAGACACUCAACAUCACGCUGCUGCAAUGCGUCCUCAUGGGCCUGUCGGUCAGGGGGAGUGGUGCGCGCGUGCACGUGAACGUAACAUCCUCGAUGCUGGAUUCUGGAGCGUUGGAGUUUGAGGGUGGUUUUGGCGCGAGCUCCCAGAUACUGGUGGCAGGCAGUACGCUUGUGACGACGUCGACCCACGCCAUUGCCUUUCUGGAUUUUGAUCCCGGGAAAAAUUUGACGCUGCUGUUACUUGACAGCUACAUCGAGGGGAAUAGUUACGCCGUUUAUUUCUCCGAUGCUGUUGUUGUUGAUGGUGGCGGGAUCAUUGUGAAGGGAAAUACGCUGAGUACGAUGGAGAAUAAAGGUAUGGAAUCAUCUGUUUAUGCUUAUGCUAUUGAAGUGAACAAUGGCGGCUACAUUGACGUGGAGAACAACACGAUGAGCGCGGCUAAUGGCUUGUAUCUCAACGGGGACACCACCGUGAGCUCCGCGGGGCUGCUGCGAGUGGCGGACUGCUACUUUGUUGGCAGAAAGAGGCUUUUAAAUUCCGCGCUGUUGUACUUGGACGGCUUGGUGACACUCGAGGAUGGUGCGCAGUGGCGUGUGGAGGGCAACGUCGUGGUCGCAGCAUCAGUAUUAAUUAUUCCGUAUUCUCAGCACAAAAUUAAACUGUCGGGCAGCGGCACCACCGUGGCGCUUGCACACAACCGUCAGGUGGACUCGAGGGUUUCCUUCGCCAAUUUUUUUCCAUCGAGCAUUGUUGUGACGUCACCCGCGCGGUUUGUGGCUGGGUGCAACCUGCAGGGCGAUGAGGAGGUGUCGUACGACUAUGUGUUUCCGGAGGAAGUGGUGGUGUUCGGGUGUGGCACAUGCAACGACGACGCGGCGUGCCACAUGCCCGGGACGGAGUCGGUGGACCGCAACUCGUGCUCGUGCAGCUGCAAGGACGGAUGGCAUGGCGCGUCGUGUUUUCCCUUCGAGGUGCCCAACGCGGUUGUGCCGCCCGUAGCGGAGAGAGCCGUUGACGACGACACGAGCUGCGUGGUGAACCAGACGCUGACGAAAAUCACGCUGAACAUGUGGAAGACGCACCACUGCUACGUGGGUGUGACAUUCAGCGGCGUGGGUGCUGCGCUGACGUUUUCUUUCAACAGUAUGCCGCUGCAUCUCCCCAUCAACAUCACGCUCAUUGGGUGCACAUUCCGUGAGGGUGCCGCGCUGCAGUUUGUUGGGGGUGCUGAGGUGGCGGAGUCAGCCGGCGUCCUGAUCCGCGUGAGUCAGACGGUGAUGCGGUCCUCUGUUGUUGUGUUUGCACUCGCCCUCCCGCAGCACUGCGACAUUGCCGUCACGGACGUUGACGCGGUGCAGUCUUCUAUUCUCUUUUGGCCUGACACUGUGAGCAAAAGGUUGAGCGUGGUGACUCUGCACGACGUUGUGUUGAAUGCGUCCUCGCUGUUGGUCAGCAGCGUUAAGGCGCAUGCAUCAAAGUAUGGUGGGCUCGGUUUGUACUUGACUGGGGCGCUGGCACUCGUGGCUGGCAGCUCGCUGUACGCACGGUACUGCAGCUUUGAUGGGUACAUGCACCUGUUUUACGUAAAUAUCCUCGGUGUCCGCGACCACUCUGUUUUUGCGCUGCUCAACAACACGAUGUUCUCCGGGACAAGCCUCCUGUACCAGCACCACAGAUUCAGCGUGUCGGAUCACAGCGUGUUGCGUGUGGUGGGGAACAGCGGUUCUGUGUCCCACGCCAUCUCUGCAGACGACUCGUGGACCGUCCUGGAGUCAAGCUGGUUGGAUUGGCGUGACAACGACGUGGGGGCGGGUGCGAUGUUUCACGAAUCCGAAUCCGCUUUUUUUAUCAUUGACGGCAGCAGUGUGGUGACGCUGACAGGCUGCAAGAUGGGCUCGACGGGGUUGUCGGUGCCUUUGCUAUCGCAGGCUGACGCCGGCUAUCGGUUCGUUGCUGGGUGUCUGACGGUCGCGGGACGUGUGGUGACGACGGCGGCAGAGCUGGAGCUGAACGGCAUCAC